AUGGACAUUGAUAUGACCAAGCCAAUCUUGGACGGUAAAAGUGAGGACGAUCUCAUCGACUUCGAUACCGACAUGGUUGAUUCCAAUCAUGACCUGCAAAAGAAAGAUGACAACUUGGAGAGCAUGGAUAGAGAAAUGCAAGAAGAUGAGGACGCUGUGAAUCAUGAAGCCUACGAGACGAACGGCAUCACGGGCGAGGAUGUGGACUUCGACCUACAUGAUGUCGAGGAUACGACAAACAGCCCCGAACAUGUGGGUUCUGAAGUGAUUGAGGCUCCUGAGCUUGGGACUCAGGGAUCGAUACAAACAGCUCAGUCACCCAACGAAGACGUGCCAAAAAGCGAAGAGAAUGUAGACAUUCUGGAUGAAAUAAUCGUUCGUGGCGAUGCGGUGUCUGACGAUCAUGCAUCUGCGCAUGAGAUUGAUUAUGAAUUUGAGGACAAUGCAGCACCAGAAGACUCGCAUGAAGAUGAGAAAACAGCUGCCGCAAUCCAUGCAACAAGGUCUGAUCUAAACGAAGCAGUCGGUGCAGCUGAAGAGCAAGAUGAUCACGAACCUGAGAAUGAUGCUACUGCAACCGGACAAGAGUUUUCUGAUCACACUGGAGACGAGAAUGACAUAUCAAGCCACAAUGAUCAAAAUGAGCCUCACGAUCCUAAGGACAAAGAAGAAGAUCAGUCUGAUUAUGAGGUUGUGACUGGUGAAGCUGAAGUCGAGGAUGCCACGGAAGAUGAGUUCAGCGGUGAGAAUACCCACGCAUCCGGUGAUAACGACGAAAUACACGAUGGAGAAGUUGCGAAUAGUCAUGAAGAAACCACUACCUUGACAUCAGGGCAAAAUGAAGAAACAGCCGAAGCUGUCGAGGAAGCUGAAGAUCAGGAUUACGACGUGGGUGAACAUGUCGCAGAUGCAAAUGACGAACGCGCAGCCACUGAUACGGAUCAUGUGGAUCACUCAGCUACUGGAGAAGAUUUGAAUGAGAAGACAGAUGAGGGCUUUCCUGCUAUAACGGUACAGUAUAAAGGAGACGAAUUUCCUAUGUUCUCCACCACCACCCAUGGUUUCUUUGCCGAUACCUCGGUUCUUGAUGAGCCACUUGAGAAGUUGAUUUCUGGCCUUCGGAGUGAGCUUGAAAAUGAGAUUGCCGAGGAUGAUGAUUUGGUACUCCAGGUCGAUGAGCUUGGCCUCGAACUUGUUGAGACAACCCAAGGCGAGACCAUGUCGAACGUUACACUCCGUCAAAUUCUAGAAAUUUUCGACCUUCUUGUCAAGAACCAGGACCCAGAUGGCUCACGCCCACUGUAUGCCUAUCUUUUUACUAAACCCAACGCAGAAAAGCGCUUCGAGUAUCUCGUCGAGAGUGCUACGGCAGGGAAGGGGCUUGAUGAAGUUAUCCAUCUCUUCGAGACUCCCAUGACUGCUGGAACUAGUAUGCUGGAAACAGCUGCGACUAUCGAUGGCGUUCACGAGGAACUGGACGAGUUCGACAGCCCAAUUGAUGACGAACAUCACAGCGACAUAGAUGAAGCAGAAAACGAGGAUGAAUAUCUGGAAGACGAACAUGCGAACCCCAAUGCCAUUGGCUCUGAGGGUCAAGAGUUCAAAGACCAGGAAGUCGAUGGCCAUGAUGAAGAUGAUCGAGACAAUAUCAAUGUUGCAACCGAAACUCAGAUUGAGAUAUCAGUCAAUGCUUCUGCCGUUGAUUUGGAGGACCCGGAGGACCCGGAGACCGCCGUUGACAGCCUUACGGCUGUCGAUGAAGAUGGCCUUGAGCAAAAUGGUAAAACGACCUCAUUCUCUUCCACUUUCCUCUCUUGCUAUUACCCCGACUUCUGCCUAUGUGCCCCCUGUGUGGCGGAGUAUGUCGAAGAUCAUAAUAAAGAUGAAGCAGAAUUCCGGAAAACUGUCAAGCGCAACUACGGAACCAUGCAAAUUCUUUCACCCGAAGUACAAUAUCUCCGUUUCCGUCAACCCAAACAUCACCGCUCCCUGUCUGACUUCAGCACAACGUAUUCUUUCAAUAAUACUGACGAAUUUACUCCAGCACGAGCUGACAGCGAGAUUGACCCAUUUGCCAAUUUCGAGUUAAACGAAGAAGCCGAGGAAGCCGAGUUCGAUGGAGAUGUCGCUCCUGAAGAGAAUAUGGAGACCCAGGAUGAGGUCAAUGCUGAUGCGGAGCCAGAGUCACUCCAUGCUCAAACUAAUGACACGAGCACUACAGCCACUCUUCAAGAGGAGGAGGAAGCGUCCUCUUUCAACGUUGACCUCGGAGUGGCCUCUGCAACAGUAGAGAUAGCCGAGAAAAGGAGGACCGACGGCGACGACCUGGACGAAAUCGACUGGAGAGAUGAACAUGAACCAAAAGAGCAAGCACCAAGCACUCCUUCGGCUACUGGUAAACGAGCCCGUGGUGAUGGCGAUGAUGUAAAUGCAGAGGAUGAGCAAGAUGCCAAGCGCCGUCGUCCUUGA